AUGACGGGUACCGAGCGACAGAGCUACGGCAUCCAAAUCUUGACGGCUCCGACAGCUGAUACACCAGGCACAUCUGUUGCGUUAACGUUCGGCCGGAAGAGGUAUCUGUUUGGCCAUCUAAGUGAGGGCACUCAAAGAUCUUUAAUUCAACGGAGCUACGGGAUGCGCAAGUUGAGAAAUAUCUUCUUGACCGGUAUCACAAACUGGCAAACCAAUGGCGGCCUGUUGGGUUUCAUUCUGACCAUCGCUGAUGUUCAAGCUGGUGAGCGCGAGACAGAUGAUUCGGAUCGACGACCUCCCAUCCACAUCCACAGCGGACCCAAGCUACUCCAUACACUAGCUGCCGCAAGAAGAUUCAUUUUUCGAACGGGCAUGCCUCUCACAAUUACAGAGAGUACAUGUGAGGCAUCUGCAUGGCCUUCCGAGCCAUCAUACACGGACGAAAAUAUCCGUGUAUGGAGCAUACCAGUCAAGAAUGCCAGUUCCGACUCUGCGAAUGUCUCAACUCCAGUCACCAACCCGGAAGUGCAACGGGAACAGGACAUGCGGGCUAAGAUUGUCCGAGACAUGUUCGACUCCGAAUGGCGACGGGACAGGCUUAUUGAGACUCCAUUCAAAGAUGUAAAAAUGCCAGCGAUGGUCUUCAUUCGCGACCCCGAGACCAAGGAGUUAAAAGGAACGCACUGCCCAACCCACGAAAGCGCGUCACAUAUUCAGCCCAGCCAAAUCGUGCUUGUACGAAACCCCUGGCCAGCGUCCUUGGUGGGGAGCCUUCCUCCUGCUUCAGGUCUUGCCACUGAUGUAUCUAUGUCAUAUGUCGUCCGCGGUCAUCAGCAGCGAGGCACUUUUGACCCGAAGAAGGCAAUCGCACUAGGUGCCAAACCCGGCCCUAUAUUCAGCGAGCUGACUGCCGGACGGUCUAUAACACUUGAGAAUGGCAACAUAGUGACUCCUGAGAUGGUGCUUGGUCCACAGCGGAUAAGCAAAGGCAUUGCCGUCUUUGAUCUCCCAUCUCCUGAGCAUUUUUCAUAUUUCAAGAAUCUCUUGUCGGAGGCUCCGCCAUCAAGUCUAGACGACAUUGCCACUGUUGUUUGGAUACUUGGUCCGGGCGUGGCUGCAACCGAAGAAUUCAAGAAUCUGUUGAAGUCGCUCGACAAACUGCAACACAUUGUUAGUGACGCCGACACCGCCCCAAACAAGCUAUCGUUCGAAUCUGCGGCCCUAGCGACUACCAGGUUAGCGAAGAUCAAUCCCAUCAAUUUCUCCGUGCCGGUACAUAGCAAGGACCAGUACUUGGACCAGUCAAGACGCUUUGUAUCGUCUGGUGUUAACGUUCUGCCCGUCCAGCCUGGACUGAAGAUCAAUUUGGAACCCAAGUACGCAAUUGUCAGUGACGAAGUCCCGGAGCUGGACCUUGACAAACUGGAGACGUUGGAACUUCCUGAGAGUAUUGUGAAAAUGCAACAACCUCCGCGAUCCUCUGACCUGCCGCCUGGAGAUGCCCUAACAGAGCCGGAGCUCAUCACUCUAGGGACAGGGUCAGCCAUGCCGUCGAAAUACCGCAACGUCUCCGCAACUUUGGUGCGCUUGCCACAUAAGCAAGGCAAUUUCUUGCUAGACUGUGGCGAGAAUACGCUCGGACAACUUCGACGGACAUUCCCAGCAGAUGAACUGCAAGAGGUUCUACGAAAUCUGCAAGGGAUAUGGAUCUCCCACCUUCACGCAGAUCAUCACCUGGGGACAAUCAGUGUUCUCCAGGCACGAGCCAAAGCUUUUGAUGCUCUUGGUCCGGAAGGCCGGACGGCGGACCGGACAAUCUAUCUAAUGUCCGAGCAAAACAUGAUCGACUUUGUGCGCGAGUAUUCUUCCGUUGAGCCCUCGCUGCUCUCAUCUUCCGGCUAUGUUCCUCUAGUCUGCACCCCUCAAGAGGGCCCUACCCUUGAUUCACAACCUUUCGACCUCGCGGCGUCUUCGUCCUCGUUGCAGCGCAUCGAAACCGUUAAAGUCUCCCAUUGUGCAGGCGCCCAAGCUGUGAGCCUCACUUUCAAGUCAGGCUUCAAGGUCUCCUACUCGGGCGACUGUCGGCCGUCUUACAACUUCUGUCGCGUCGGACUCGAUUCCGACGUGCUGAUUCACGAGGCCACAUUUGACGACGAAAUGCAAGGCGACGCCAUCGCGAAAAAACACUCUACGACCGCAGAAGCGCUGGGCAUAGCCGUGAAGAUGCGAGCCAAGAACGUCCUGCUGACGCACUUCAGCCAGCGGUAUAGCAAAAUCCCGAAUCUCAGCAACGUCAAAGCUGCAGACGAGAUUCAGUACGAGGAGGGCAACGCCAGCCAGGACGCCGAGCCCAUUGAGGGUGUUGACGGUGCUCCUUCAGUCGACGAGGCCUCACGGCCAGCUGCAAGGGCCAAGAAGCCCGCCCCAUUGCUCCGCUCACUGGCUUCCAACCUCCCCAUCGCCAUAGCGUUCGACUUCAUGCGCAUCAAAGUGAGCGAGAUCGCGGCCGCGAAGCAAUACUACCCGGCCAUCCAAGUCAUGUUCGAGCUGCACGAAGCGCUCAAUGAGGAGCGCCGGGAAGAGGCGCGAAAGGCACAAGAGAGCGUGGCCAAGACCAAGACGGCCAAGAAACAGGGCUGGCAGCUGGAGAAGGAGAAGGGAACGGGCAAGAAAGCCAAGAAGGGCGAGAAGAAGGAAGAAGGUGGGAUGCCGACCAAGGCGAACGGUGAGCGGCCCUCUUCUUUCCGUCCUGGUCGCAAUGGGCCAAUUGUUGAGACAACGCAGAAGAAUCCUCAGACGCCCUCUCACAAGCGAACGGUAGCAUCGUCGCAGGGCAGUAGAGAUGCCUCGCCCUCGUCCUCACCGCCGGCUGCUGUUACGACCAUGAGCAAGCGUGCGCUGAAGAAGGCGGCCAAGAGGGCCGCGACAGAGCAGAUUCUGGGGGAUUUUGCGAAGAAGCGCAAAGCCACUGCUACUACUGCUGCUGCCGCCGCCGCCGCCGCCGCCGCCGCUGGUGAUGCUGGUGCCGCUGGUGAUGCGAAUGGAGAGCCGAGCUCGGGUUCGGGAACGGCUGCGUCGCUGGACGCGCCCGGCAACAAGGGGCGUGGCGAGUCAGGUCCCCAAAGGACUCUAUAG